UCCCUCCGCCUCUCCAGCAAGACCCUUUAUAAAUAAGAGCAGACUUUCUAUUUCACGCACACCAGCCUGGCUGGCUUUGGAAGCUGAACACUUUUCCCAGACACUUUCACGUGGGACACAAAGAAGGCUUUGGAGCUUCCAUUUCGUCACCCCAGCAGCGACUUGAAAUGCCUGAGAAGAUGGUCACGAUCUCUGAAGCCUCAGCGGUACUUUGGAUACUGUUUGCAGCUUCUCAAGCUUUUGAAGUCGAGAUCUCCCCUACAUAUAGAACGAUGGCUCAGAUUGGGAGCUCCAUGUCCCUGACUUGCAAAACCACAGGCUGUGUGUCCCCAUCUUUCUCUUGGAGAACCCAGAUAGACAGUCCGCUCAGUGCGAAGAUGUGGAAAAAUGAGACCGCAUCCAUCCUGACCAUGGAUCCUGUCAGUUUUGAGAAUGAACACUUUUACGUGUGCACAGUAUAUUGCGGAUCGGUGAAACUGGAAAGAGGGAUCCAGGUGGACAUCUACUCAUUCCCUAAGGAUCCAGAGAUUCAGCUGAGUGGUCCCCUGGAGGUUGGGAAGCCUGUCAUGGUCAAGUGUUUGGCCUCUGAUGUUUACCCAUCUGAUAGAUUGGAAAUGGAACUCUUCAAAGGUGACCAACUCCUGAAGACAGAGCUGUUUAUAGAAGAGAUGGAGAAGAAGUCUCUGGAAACCAAGAGUUUGGAAGUCAGCUUUACUCCUGGCCUUGAGGAUAUUGGGAAAGCUCUUGUUUGCCAAGCUAACUUACACAUUGAGCCGGAGCCCCAAAAAAGGGAGAAGGUCAACACACUGCAAGUCUACACCUCUCCCAAAAAUACAGUUAUCUCUGUACAUCCCUCCAGAAGUCUUCAAGAGGGUGACACUGUGACAAUGACAUGUUCCAGUGAGGGUUUACCAGCUCCCGAGAUUUUCUGGAGCAAGAAAUUAGAUAAUGGAAAUCUGAAGCUCCUCUCAGGAAAUGCAACUCUUACCUUAGUUGCUAUGAGAACGGAAGAUUCUGGAAAUUACGUGUGUGAAGGAGUUAAUCUGGUUGGGAGAAAUAAAGCAGAAGUGGAAUUAACUGUUCAAGAGAAACCAUUAACUGUCGACAUCUCCCCCGGAUCCUGGGUGGCUGCGCAGGUUGGAGACUCAGUUGUACUCACAUGCACUGUUGUUGGCUGUGACUCCCCCACUUUUUCUUGGAGGACUCAGAUAAACGGCUCCCUUAACGGGGAGGUGAGGAGAGCGGGGGCCACAUCCACACUGACACUGAGUCCUGUGAGCUUUGAGGAUGAAAACUCUUACCUGUGCACUGUGACCUGUGCUCGGAGGAAACUGGAAAAGGAAAUCCAGGUGGAGGUCUACUCAUUUCCCGAAGACCCAGAAAUUGAGAUCAGCGGGUCCCUUGUGCACGGGAGGCCUGUCACCGUAAACUGCACAGUCCCUAACGUGUACCCUUUUGACCAUCUGGAGAUUGAGUUACUGAAGGGGGAGACCACGCUGAAGAGUAAACACUUUAAUGAGGAAAUGGGCAUAAAAUCCUUAGAGACCAAAAGUUUGGAAAUGACCUUCAUCCCCACCAGUGAAGAUACUGGGAACGAGCUUGUUUGUCUGGCUAAGUUACACAGUGGCCAAAUGGAAUCUGAACCCAAACAAAGACAGAGUACACAGACUCUUUAUGUCCAUGUUGCCCCCAAGGAAACCACCAUCUGGGUCAGCCCCUCUCCCAUCCUAGAGGAGGGCAGUCCCGUGAACCUCACCUGCUCAAGUGAUGGCUUUCCAGCUCCAAAAAUUCUAUGGAGCAGGCAGCUGAACAACGGGGAAUUGCAACCUCUUUCUGAAGAUGCAAUGCUCACCUUAAUGUCUACAAAACUGGAAGAUUCUGGCAUUUAUGUCUGCGAAGGGAUUAACCAGGCUGGAAUUAGCAAAAAAUCAGUUGAACUGAUUAUCCAAGGCUCUCCGAAAGAUAUACAACUCACAGCCUUUCCCUCUGAGAGCGUGAAGGAGGGAGAAACCGUCAUUAUCUCCUGCACCUGUGGAAGCGUGCCUGAAACGUGGAUAAUCCUGAAGAAGAAAGCCAAGACAGGAGACAUGGUAUUAAAGUCCGUUGACGGUGCGUACACCAUCCGCAAGGCCCAGCUCCAGGACGCUGGAGUGUACGAGUGUGAAUCUAAAACCGAAGUUGGCUCACAGUUACGAAGUUUAACCCUUGAUGUAAAAGGAAGAGAAAAUAUUUUUUCUCCCGAGCUCCUUGCCCUCUACUGUGCCUCCUCCUUGAUAAUACCUGCCAUCGGGGUGAUCAUUUACUUCGCAAGAAAAGCCAACAUGAAGGGCUCAUAUAGCCUGGUAGAAGCAGAGAAAUCAAAGGUGUAGCCAACGUCUGAAGUGUUCCAGAAAAGACACUAUUUAUAAGCCCCCAAUCCUCCAUAGUCUUUAUCAUCCCACCGCCAACCCCCCACACAAACCAAGCUAAGCGUUCGGAGUUCCCAGAACUCUUCUCGGUAGAGAAGGAAAAGAAGUGGAUGUUUGAGGCUUGGCUGAAGGCAAGAAGCCAACCAGAGCUGUUCUUCUUGACAAGUCCCUGUCAUUGAGGAACAGUCCCAUGAUGUGUAUAUAAAUAGCAGAAUCUGUAUAUAUGUAAAAUAAAAUUAUGUCAUAGAACUAUUGUUUAGAAUAGCAGCACUCCAUAGGCCGGUCAGAACAUAAACAGUGUUGCUUGGACUGACUGUUGUAACUUAAUGCAUCUUAGAAAAGUUUAAUAUUAAUAUUAAUAUUGAUUAGGCAGCUGACCAGUGCCACCUUCUCUUAAUAUUUUGUUUCCUUCAACCUAAUUUUAUUCCUAUGAAUUUUUAUUGACAAUGAUUUCAUGUUUUAGAACAAAGCCAGGGUUUUAUAUUUUUAUAGGCAAAUGAUAAGGAAGGCACUGGGUUGACUUUCAGGUACUACAUUCCUAAUUCAUGGCAGACUGAAUAACCAGUUUUCUCUGCAUGGUACUGUAUGGUACGGGGACAUGUUUCUUCAUCGGGAUCUUGUGUAAUGACUAACGUGGUUUAAAAUGUGGCUUCUUUGACUCAUCUUUUGUAAACAGCAUAGUAAAGUGAAACUU